CACUAUGUCAGCAACUCAACACAGUAAACUUGUAUUUUGAUAAGAAGCUGAUAUUUUAUUAAAUAAAAGUGGAUUUUAACGUAUUAGUUUUAUACGGCACAGUUCUGAAAUAUUAAUCGUUUUUUUCGGGAAAGAUAUGGACCUAAAACGUUCGUCAUCAAUAACGGGUCUGGGCGAUGGCCCAGAUGCAAAGCGCGGUACAAAUCUAAAAGAAGAUGAGUUGCGGAUAGAUCAGGACUUGGGUUCAGGCACUGACAAAGAUUCAUGCGACGCACAGCCCGAAUGUAAUAUGCCGCAGAAUGUAGCCGAGCAACCGGACUGUAAUGGCAAUAAAGUUCAUCGCGACGGUAGUCUAUCGCCCAGUAAUCAUGUUGCUCCAUACACUGGCAACGGUUGUGCACCUUCAUUGGAGUCGUUCAUGUUUCGGCAGACACCCGCCGGCAGUAAGCUAUGCUCUUGGAUGUCAAAUACUGAUUCGAAGACAUCCGCUAAUGAGGAUAAUAAUGGGACAGCACUCUUUGAAUCCGACAUAGAUUCCAAAACAAAUUCGCAGAAAGAUGUUAGACUUAAUCGCAAGGCAAUCGCCAAUUUACGCCGUCAAAGUGCAUUGCGUGCUCUAGAGUUAGAACGUGAACUGACCACGCAAUCACAAUACGCACCAACGCUGCUUAUACGCUUUCCCGAUCCCCAAAUAAGUGUUGCAUCCGUCAGCGGAUUCUCUGGCAGCAUCAGGGAUGUGGUAUUUCCCAUUAAUGUUGCACAGCGAUAUUGCCUUGUCCAUCUCAAGGUUGGUGCGAAUGUGGAACGCACCAUCGAGGAGAUAAAUAAAGUGCGUUUUGGCCAGGGCUAUUUGCAUGCCGAGGUGAAAACUUUUACGGAGGAGGAGCAGGCCGAUUGCAUUGAUCCCUGUUCACUGUACGUGAGCAAUAUUCCGUUCAACAUGAACGCUGCUGAGAUUAAGGCGUUUGUCAACUCCAUGCGAGUGGACAUUGGCGUGAUGAAGCGACAGAAACGGGCACGUUACGCAUUUGUACGCUACUCCAAUGCCGAAACUGCCAAGGAAGCAUUUAGGGAUCUAGUGAGUCGUACCCUAAAUAAUCGCGUGCUCACAGUACGCUACCGACGCCUACGCAAGCGCCAGGGCAAUCCGACACCAGCACCCAUAGACGCCAUAUCCAGUCUGACCAUCGACACAAUUGCAACGGAUGAUGAUAAUAUUGAAUGCUGCGUGAUUUCACCGCCGCCGGUGGAGUCCAUUACCAUAAUUGACAGCGAUGAAGAGCAGCACUGCGGGACACGACUUAACAGCAGUUUGGUGCUAAAGAAACGCGAAAGCACAAUGACUGCACAGGAGAAGGAAAUCCAGCGACUGAAACUGCAAGUGGCCGAGCAUGGAGCCAUCAUCCGGAGCUUACAGAAGCGGGAGAACAAUAUUGUUAAUACCAUUACCAAAGUAGAGCCACAAUCGGAUCUAGCAACACACAAGUCUUCGUAUAUGCAUCGAUCGCUAUCACCGUGCUCCAGCUAUGAUAUCAAAAUGGAAAAUGACUAUUUAGGCAUAACUGAAAGUACGCCUGAGCCUGAACCCGAUUCUUUGCCAGAUGCCCAUUCAAAUUCGCCUUAUGGGCCCACAACUUGCCCCAUUGACGGCAUGGAGGAUCCCAUCAAACCAUCCGAUUGUUUUGGCUGGUUAUUUUCAGGUCUCGGUCGCCGCAAAAGUGCAAAAUCAAAUGCACGGCAGCAAAUCAACGAGACCACAAUCAAGAAAUUUCCAAGAUCAGCCAAUUUGCAAGUCGUACAUGUGCAGGUCGGAGCUAAUUUGGAUGUAGAGGAUUGAAUUCUCGAACUGUCACACCUCAAAAUUGUUAACGUAUGAGACCUAAUUUACGGUACAUAAAUGAGCAUUAUGAAUGUAUGUACAUUAUGUUUGUACAUACAUAUUUGUAUGCAUAGUGUAGACAUAGAGCUCUAGGGUUUUAACACUCAUUUUAAUUUUUAUUUAAUGUUUUUCGAUCACGUUUGCAACGUACAAUUUUUAUAAAUUGUAACACGAUAAUAAUAAUAUGUAAAUUAAAUAAUAAUAUUUCGGUUUUAAAUAUUAAACCCGAACAAA